AUGUUCAUGUUAAUGAACGGAAGAAAAUUCGUGCAAGAUUUUACCUACAGACUUGAGUGUAAUUUUGCUUCUCCCUCUGGGGAGCCUGCAACCUGGGCUCCAGGCCAUCCAAAACAAUGGGGCCAGGAGAGAGCGAAGAUUCGGCUGGAUGGAACAGCAACAACUCCCACUCUCAGUCCCGAUGAUAGGCUUGUUGCAGUCGGGGUCGAUGAAGAAUUACACGUCUUUGAUGUUGCUACGCAGAAGCAUCUCGAAGUGUUGACAGAUGGAGAGCUGAUUGAGACUGUUAAGUUUGCGCCAGGUUUUGUUGAGAGCAGCGAUGGCCAAGACACCCACUAUGUUUUGGCAUCACAAAGUAGUGAUGAGAAGACUGUGGUUAUUCUAUGGGAGCUGGAUGAGAAUGGGAAACUCGCAGCAAAGACAAUACAUAAGCAAGAAGACAGACUCCGCUUUGAAGGUGAGCUAGGCUCUUUCAGUCCUGUUGAGCAUUCAUUCGCUUUACCUCCACAGAGUUAA